AUGAUUGAAAUCCCUUUACAAGGAGACGCUUUACUACUCAUUCCACUCGAAGAAGAGUUCAUUUUGAAGGUCAAAGAUGCACUUGGGCACAUACUAAGUUGGCCGAGACACCUAGUUAUUCGAUGCUCUGACCUGUGGUUGUACGUUAACAACAUCUUGUUUAACAAAAUCAAGUAUGGCCCGCCAGAAAGAGAUCAUGGAAUUUGUUGCGUGAACCCAAUUGUAUUCUCGCCAAGUAAUCAUAAAGGGAAAUCAAAGAAUAUUGAUGAUGCUAGUAGAAGUGUUGCAGAUCAGUUGUCUACAAGAAAUGGCAAUGACAUCAUCCUAUUAUCCUACAAUCUCAGAAGACAUUGGGUGUUGGUUGUGCUAGACAUGAAAUUGGCUACUUGCUAUUAUCGUGAUUCCUUGAGUUCCAGCAAUGUCAAUUUGUAG